UUGAUCACACACACUCGCACACACCCAAGUCGACGACACCACGGCCGCCGCCAACCAACCCCCCAUGACGUCGUCCGCUACGUCUGCUGUGGAAUGCGCUAUCUGCUACGACACAUUCUACUUUCCCUUCGUCACGUCCUGCGGCCACGCCUUCUGCCACCAGUGCCUCACGGACUGGACCUCAGGCCACCGUCAGUCGACGUCGUGCCCGCUGUGCCGGUCGCCUAUUCCACGCGUCGAUGGCGAGCCGCGUCAUGCGUCACUCCACGUGGAGCGGUACUUGAUGCUGGAGGUCGUUAUCAAAUGCAUUGACAUGUGGUCCAAUGUAUUCCUGGUGGCCAUGGCGGCCUACGCGUCCCUGGCUCCACUUUCCUCGUUGUGGACGCCGACGGUCGUACUCAUCCUGUGCCUGUUCAUCGCCCGAGUGUAUUGCAUGGGUUCGACCCCCGUGCUUUUGUGCGGUAUGGCGUGUCAGGUGCAUUGGCGCAGCGUGCUGCACACCGUUGCAACCAGACUCCUGCACGUCCACAACAUGGUCUACUCUCGACACAUCGUCCCUCGUACAUAUGUCAUAACACGACAAUAAAUCAUAACGUUACUUGUG